AUGGACAAUGAUAGCAGUGCCAGCACACCAUCUGGGCCGAGCAAGCCCUCGACUGGUAGUACACCCCAGGGUCGCUCCGACUCGGCAUCCGCUGCUACCCCUCAGCCUCCAUCCUCCUCCUCGCGACCGACCGCUGGCACUUCAUCCGCCGCUCACAGCUCACAAAACUCAAAACGACGCCGCGGUCUCGGAAUUGUCACACCGAAUGCGUGCACAGAAUGUCGUAAGAAGCGCGCCAAGUGCGACGGUAGCAGACCGUGUACACGCUGCAGAGCCCAAAAAGUCGAAUGCGUCUACGAAGUUCCCAUCCGUCAAUCCAAAGAAAACCUUCGCGGCGAAAUCGAGCAGCUGCGGCAUCGCCAGCGAUCGAGCGAUCAAGUCUUUUCCGCCCUAGUACGCUCCAAUCUCUGGGAAGAUGUUCUGGGUAGACUGCGCAAUGGCCAGUCGGUCGACAGCAUCUCUGAUUGGCUCGGCAGCAGCCUCACGUCUGACGCGGAUCCUACCGGCGCGCAGGGCUCUGCUUUUCCACAGCACCAAGCUGGAGAGGCCAGCAUGCCGACUGAUGACAAGCCCCGUGGCUCCAUCAUAUCCGUCGCGGACUAUGGCCAAGGAGCCAAUAAUAUGGCCUCGAUGAGCCUGAGCCCUUCUCAGCAGCACGCGCCCUUUCACAGCGACCCAAGGCAAUCUGCCCCGUGGCAAUUCUCGCCGCACGAUCCUGCUGGUGCCGCGGCAUCCACAAGAAGCAACUCUCUCGCUGACGCCAGAAGCAUGGCUUCUGAACUCCAUGGCCCCCCGCAGACGCGAGUUGGAUAUUGGGCCGAAAACAUGGAGAUUGAGCCCACGGAUGAGAGCCAACUUCCACGAUUCCGCGGCCUCGAGCAGGUACUUUCACCGCUGAGCGAUCCCGAGAUGCAGCGCAAUUCCUCCGGCACGUGGUCUAACAUUACAAGCGACGUUAAUUUGGUCCAUCAUUUGCUUGCCCUCUACUUUUGCUGGGAGUACCCCACUUUUGCUUCCCUGAGCAAGGAGCAUUUCCUCCGGGACUUCCAGGAUGGGCGCCAUCGAUACUGCUCCCCCAUUCUCGUCAACGCGCUGCUUGCUUUAGGUUGCCGCUUUUCUACCCAGCCUAAAACAAGGGAAUUUCCCAAUGAUCCAUACUCUUCGGGAGAUCACUUCUUCAAGGAGGCCCUGCGGCUCCUCAAUGCCGAGCCGGACCACCACUCCCUUACGGUCAUCCAGGCACUGGGCAUCAUGUCUAUCCGUGAGGCCAGCUGCGGGAGAGACUCGGAGAGUUGGUAUUACUCUGGACAGAGUAUCCGGCUAGCUAUUGAGAUGGGCUUGCACCUUUUGCAGGAACAUGGUGAUAUUGACGAGAUGGCUGUUCAGUCGGCGACUUUUUGGGGCGCAUUCGCUCUUGACCACGCAUGGUCUCUUGCUACCGGCUCUCUCCCGCAAAGCUCCUGCUUUGCGCGGCUGCCUAUGAAACCUGGCAUCAUUGCCGAUAUCGAGUCAUCUCUAUGGGUCCCCUACACGGACAACGGUGCACCUCUGCAGCGAUCGUGUGAGCAAAUGUCUAAUGUUCGAUCCGUGUACAAAUGCUUUUGCGAGCUGAGCGAGCUUGUCCACCAAUCCCUCUACAUGCUGCAUUCUCCAGGAAAGCCACUGACAGCUCGAGAGCUGCUCAAUAUUUACCAUCAGUACCUUAAUUGGUACGACAGGAUACCCGAAACACUGCGGUUGGGUCACAACUUCACUCCAGCAGUUCUCUUUGCGCACAUGUACUAUCACUUUGCUAUUUUGCUCCUCUUCCGGCCGCUGAUUAAGCUGCGCAUCAUUGGCUCGAAAGUUUCACCCCGAGACGUGUGCUCUCAGGCCGCCGACGCCAUUCAAAAUCUGCUCAAAUCGUAUUCGCAACUAUACACACUCCGACGGACGCCGUCUUUUGUCCCGUACUUUGUGCUCACGUCGACAAUAAUGCACCUCGCGAUCGGCGCGACUAAGCUUUCAUCUGACUCGAGCGGUAGCGUGCCUACGGACACGGACGCUAUGGGUAAGAGCGCCAAAAUGAACCCUCGCGUAUCCGAUUCUCUUGCUCAAGGUAUCGCGGACCUCGCUGAGAUGGCUCCAUGUCACCAUUUCGCUGAGCAAGCCCUCAAUAUUUUGCGCUAUCUUGCCAACAAGUGGAACAUCAAGGUUGAAUUUGGUGGCAACAACAAAGCUGGCACCGAGGACUACGAGAAGCUCCUCAAGCCGUACACGAGUAGCCUCAACUUUUUCGCCCCCAAUUUUACGGCGGAAGACUUUAUCUGCCGCUGGGGUACGGCGGGCCUGGUUGCUGAGCCUAAUCCUAAUUCACCCUCUCCUAGCCAGGGGACAGGUCUACAGGCCGCUGUCGAAAACAUCGAAAACCCCUUGUUCUGGCCCUUUCCCAUGCAAGGGCGGCCAAUGCUACCUACAGGGAAAGAUCUGGAGCACGCUGGGUUUGCCAUGAUUCUAAAAGACGACCAUGAGCAAUGA